ACCAAUUACGUGCUGUUGGUGCCAAGCGCUCUAAGAAACUAGCUAGACCUUUUAGAUAAAAUUAAACUUAAUUAAUUCUUUAGGUUCUAAAUUUUCAUUUGCAUAUUUUGCAUUUUAUGCAAUAGUAAUAUAUUUAUUUAAUGCGAAAUAUAUUUAUGUUUAUUUAAUAUUAUAAUUUAUGUAGUAACCGAUAAAGAAACAGUUUUGUGCCGGUUCUGCAUCUUGUUUUAUUUGUGUUUCUUUCGAAAUUUUGUGAAAAACCUUUUUAAUUCUACUAUUUCAAUAUUAUAUGUUACAACAAUAAAUAGAAAGUGAUAUAAAAAUAAUCAUGUCAGAGACAACACCAAAGAAGAAGAACGAUAAAUUGUAUGAAACAUUGUUCCUGGCUGGAGUAGCAGGAAUAUCUGUUAUGACUGGUUUUUUCAAUGCUUUAUCAUCAGUUAAAAAAAAAGACAGUAAAAAUUUUGAUAUUGGUUUUAUGGGAGGGAAAGGUCUUCCUGAGUCUGGUGCAGCACUUGCUACAAGAGCUUUAUUAUGGGGUUCUGUUUGGGCAGUUGGUGGUUGUGGUAUAAUUUUUUAUGGCAUUUGGAAGCUUUCUGGAGCUUCAACUGCUGAAGAGUUUCGAUUAAAAGUUGGAAAUAUUUUACCAAAAAUACCAAAAAAUGAUCCUCCUCAGAGUAGAACUGAAUUUGAAAACCUUACAGAUUUACUGAGAUAUGUCUCGGAAGAAUGGGGUAAAGAAAAAUAGUCUUACAUAUAUAUAAAUUCGAAAAGACUCUAGAUUUAAAGUAUUUUUUAGAGCUUUACAGAUCUAAGAAAUAUUUUUAAUCUGAAGUCUGUAAAGAUCUAAGAAAUACUAUAAAAACAAAAAAUCACAAAAGUAAUUAUUUGACAUUAAGUCAUAAAAGGAUAGUUUUAAAUGUGUACAGUAAAAUAAAUUAAGAAUCUUAUACUGCUGGUUUGUCAUAUAAUAACUAAUAUUUAUAAUGUAAUAUUUCAUUUUGUAUUUGUGUAUAUAUAGUGUAUAUAUAUAUUUGUACAUUAUUAAUAUACAAUCCUAAAAGUUUGAUCAUAUUACAUUUU